AUCUGAUUCUUCAGAAGAUGGUCUGGAAGACUCAUAAUUGCUAAUAUGAUAUAUGGUAGACGCCUCUCAUCUUUGAUACAACUGACGCAGCCAGCCUGAGAACAAAUACUGUUUUCUGCGUCUGUCCUGGGUUCUCUCGCUUUCUUAGGACUGGACAUUCAUAUCAAGAAAACCACUUGCAGAGUUACUUUCCCUUACUUUUUUUCAUGGGUUUAUGAAAGGAAAACGCAAGGACUAAACAACCUGCUAGAAUGAACUCUCCUAUCAGCAUUUAGUAUACCAGAAGCCAUUCAGAUCGUGUUUAGGAGAUGCUUGCAUCGCCAUUAUGCUCUUCUAUGAACAGCCUUCAGAGUGGUCAGUCUGACUUUUCUUGUGCUGUUAUUACGGCAUUUUAUUAUAUUGCACUAAUGCUUUACAAUAUUACCAUCGCUUUUUUUUCUCUUCAUAAGCUCUGUGCUUCUUUAAAAUUUCCCUCAAGUGCAGUUCAGUGUAAGUUUGGUGCAGAGUUUUUAUACCUUGGCUAAAAUAACUCUUUUAAAGAAACCUUCAUUUCUCUUACUUUAAACAGGGGAAGAUCCUGGAGAAGACUGGAAUUUGCAGUCAAAUCACUUUUGGCCGGUAUAUGCGAAGGGGAAGGAGACUAGCCGUGGAUCCAAAGCUCUUUAUCCAGGAUCUGCAGUUUAAGAAAGUACCUGUUAGGGUUUAUCAGCCUAAAGCUCCAUCUGAUGGGCGAAGGAGAGGUAUCAUCUUCUUUCAUGGAGGAGGCUGGGUAUUUGGAAGUCUUGAUACCUAUGAAAAAGUAUGCCGCUACAUAUCGAGAGAAAGUGAAUCAGUAGUUGUAUCUGUUGAGUACCGUUUAGCUCCUGAGCACAAAUACCCGGCCGCAUACGAAGACUGUCUUAAUGCUACCGUACACUUUAUGAAGAGUAUAGAGCACUAUGGGGUGGAUCCUGCCCGCAUAAUUGUCAGCGGGGACAGUGCUGGGGGCAAUCUAGCAGCUGCCGUUAGCCAGACCCUCACAGGCAGACCGGACCUCCCAAAGCUACGCGCUCAGAUCUUGAUCUACCCAGGCCUUCAGGCACUGGACUUCAAUCUACCGUCCUAUCAGCAAAAUCGGGGAGUCCCUCUCCUAUUCCGAGAACGUGCUGCUUUCUUUGCUUUGCAGUACCUAAAUGGGGAUGCAUCGCACGUGGAAGAGGUCUUGGAAGGUUCUCAUAUUCCUGCAGAUAUUAGGUUGAAGUACAGGAAGUGGGUGAGUCCGGAUAACAUCCCUGAACAAUUUAAGGUCAGAGGCGUCAAGCCACUUGUGCCCACGGAUUGCAUAGCUGAAGUUUAUGAGGCAGUGAAAAGAUUCUGUGAGCCCAACCUAUGUCCGCUGUUAGCUGAAGAUGCUAUUGUUCACCAGCAGCCCGAGUCUUUCAUCUUGACGUGCGAGUAUGAUGUGCUGAGAGACGACGGUCUGCUGUACAAGAAGAGAUUAGAAGACAAUGGUGUUCCCGUGACCUGGUACCACAUUGAGGAUGGGUUCCAUGGAAUCAUAAGCCUACAUGAUUACAGUGGUUUUUCGUUUCCAGCUGGGAAAAGGGGACUGGACAACAUUGUUAACUUCAUAAAAGGCUUACAGUAGGCAUCUUACAUUCCAGGAGUCUCUUCAUGCCUCAACCUAGGAAAAUAUCUUUUUAGGAUAUUUGGUAUCAAGUGAUGGGUAGUCAAUCAAGGGCAGCCAUUUACAAUGAUAAACAAGGCUCUUACUCCAGUUGUUAGGUGGAAUACUAAGUAUGUAAACCUUUCUCGUACAUGCUUUGCACCAUGCUGAAAGCCCAUAUCUAUAGCUAUGUCAAUAAAUAAGAACAUUAUUUUGAACUGACAUCCUGGU